AUCAAUCAUCCACCCGCUCCUUCUUCUCUGGCACAACAACGCUCCUCCCACUUUCUUCUUCUUCCUUUCUUCUGUCUCUUUGUAGCUUGACGAAUGCUCUUUGAUCUUCCCCAGCUCUGAAACGUUUUAGUGUGGAAUCAAGUCUUGUCUUGAGUGUGAUCUUGAGAAGGAACAGAAAGAAAAUGGACGGUCGAAGUUGGCCAUGGAAGAAAAAGUCCACGACCGAGAAACCGGUGGUUGGAAACGAGCCAACUAAUGUCUCUUCUUUGUCCUACCUAGCAUCUCUAGAGAACCAGGAGAAGUGUAAGAACACAAACUAUGUUCAGAUAACUAUGGAUACAUACACUCAUUUGAGCAAAAUGGAGGAUCAGGUCAAACUGUUUGAGAGCCAAGUCAAGGAUCUUAAUGAAAAAAUCACUACUGCACAGUCAGAGUUAAGCACUAAAGAAUGUUUGAUUCUUCAGCAUGCCAAAGUCGCCGAAGAAGCUGUUUCAGGAUGGGAGAAGGCUGAUGCAGAGACUUUGAUACUCAAACGUCAACUUGAGUCUGUUACACUCUUAAAGCUCACUGCAGAGGAUCGAGCCUCGCAUUUGGAUGAUGCUCUAAAAGAGUGCACAAGACAGAUAAGGGUUGUGAAAGAUGAGAGCGAACAGAACCUGCAAGCUGUGGUUCUCGCUAAAACCAUACACUGGGACAAGAUCAAAGCCCAACUCGAACUAAAAAUCGAAGAACUAAACCAAGGACUACACCGAGCAGCUUCCGACAACGCGUCGCUCACUAGAACACUGCAAGAGCGGUCAGAGACGAUAGUAAGGAUCAGGGAGGAAAAGUCUAAAGCCGAAGCUGAGGUUGAGAAGUUAAAAACUAAUAUUCAGUUGGCUGAGAAGGAGAUUAGUACGUUGAAGUACGACGUCCACGUGGCGUCGAAAGAAGUGGAGAUUCGCAACGAGGAGAAGAACAUGAGCUUGAAGUCGGCGGAGAACGCGAACAGACAGUAUCUAGAAGGAGUGAAGAAGAUUGCGAAGCUUGAAGGAGAGUGUCAGAGGCUGAGAGGGCUUCUGAGGAAGAAGCUUCCUGGUCCUGGUGCUAUGGCUCAGAUGAAGCUAGAAGUUGAAUGCUUAGGACAUGAACUCACAGAUCAUAAGUGGGAAGAGUGCAAAAGAGAGAAUGUAAAUCUCACUAAACGUACACUAGAGAUGGAGGAGGAGAUUCAGACACUUAAAGAGCUUCUAGCUUCUAAAAACAAUGAGCUGAAUGUUUCUAGAAACGUGUGCGCCAAGACUCUUGGGAAGCUUAAGGCUCUUGAAGCACAGAUGCAUGAUCAGUAUCAUCCGCCUAGUGUGACCUCGGUGUCAGAAGAUGGAUUUGAUGAAGAAGGAAGCUCAGCAACCUCAGGAGAUUUUCAUAAAGUGAGAAAAGCAAAUGUUGAUGGCUCCACAAAGGCUAGGGUUUGUAAUAGAUUGGAGUUGAUGGAUGACUUCUUGGAGAUUGAGAAGUUAGCAGCUAAUGACUCAGCUUCAAAGUCUUGCAACAGCGCCUGUAGUAGUAAGCACAGUGAGAAGGAUGAUACAGCGCUUGAUCAGCUGUUAACGGUUCUGCGUUCAAGAAUCAGUAGUGUAUUUGAAUCUCAAGAGGGCAUUAGCAUUGAGAAAAUAGUUGAAGCCAUGAGACUCUCCAUCCAAGAGAUGCUAGGAUCAUCAUCACUCAGACAGCUCCCAAGUCCUUUGUUUGAAGUUGCUGAUGAAACUCAUGAGAAACAUGUUUUGUCAUCUCAGGACAAAAAGGUUGAAGAUUCAGAAUCUAAUCCACUAGAAGACACAUUUGCUAAGACUGAGGAUGAUUCAUCAUGUAAAAGCUUGUUGAAGGAGGUAGAGUUGGAGAAAGAAAAGAUUGAACUAGAAUUAACAAGAUGCUUGGAGAAUCUUGAAAGUGCAAAGUUAGAGUUGGAAGAGAAAGAGAAGCUCAUAUCAGAGAUGAAGUGGCAGCUUACUUCAUCGAGAGACCUCCAAAGCUUGGCGGAAACUCAGCUCAAAUGCGUGACAGAGUCAUACAAAACGCUGGAACUCCAUGCCAAAGAGUUAGAAGCUAAUGUGAAAAGACUGGAAGAAGAGACAGAGAGACUUGAAAGGGCGUUCUCCACAGAAAAGCGUGGACAUGAGGAGACUCUAGCUAAGUGCAAAGACCUUCAAGAAGAAAUGCAAAGGAAUGAGACUUGCAGAAAGGGUUCAGCAUCCAAAAGCCAACCUAAUCAGGAGAAAGACAUAGCAUCUGCAACAGAGAAGCUUGCAGCUUGCCAAGAAACGAUUCACUUACUCAGCCAGCAGUUACAAUCCUUGCAACCUCAGAGCAACCACAUUCCCAAUACUCAAUCUCCUGAGAAGAAGAUCCAACACCACAAAGCCUCAGAGGCAACACCAAACUCUGGACAAGACGAUCUUCCUCAUGAUCAUAAUAACAUUCAGCCAUCUCACUCUUUUAGACACACGGUGAAUCCAACUGUCCACGCGAUCAUCAAGUCUAGCUCGGUUUCUUCAUCUUCUAGAGAAGAUGGUGAGAAGCAUACGCGUGGAUUAGGCCGUUUCUUCUCAUCUAAAUCGAAGAACAAUGGACGUUAGCAAAGCUAGGAGAUAACACGCUCAUUAUCUGCUUGUUCGUUUCAUCUUCAUCUUCCUUCUUGAUAUGUGUAUAGGGUUAUAUGCGUUUUUAAGUGUGUGAGAGAAGAUACCAGUUUAGUGGAGAUCAAUC